GCCGCCAUGUUGUACGUACUCUUCUGAUGUCGUCAUCACGUCAGACGUCGAGAAGGGCACGCGGCGCGUCGUGAAAGGGGGAGGUCCUUUCGCGGACUGUUAUUAUUUAUUUCUUUGUUUCAUUUGUACUUAACAACAAUGGUGGCUAAUUGAAGACAUGCUCGUAUGAUAAGCGUGAGCGAAUGACAGCCCCUUGCUCCACUUACCACACCGACAUAACGGGCGAAUCAUCGGGGGGAGGAUGAAGCGGCGCAAUGCGGACUGCAGCAAACUCAGACGGCCGUUAAAACGGAACCGAAUCACCGAGGGUAUAUAUAGCAGUACAUUUCUGUAUCUGAAGUUCCUGGUGGUGUGGGUGCUGGUUUUGCUGGCUGACUUUGUGCUGGAGUUCAGGUUUGAGUACCUGUGGCCCUUCUGGCUUUUCCUCCGCAGCGUCUAUGAUUCCUACAGAUAUCAAGGACUGGCAUUCUCGUUCUUCUUCGUAUUUGUGGCAUUAACGUCAGACAUCAUUUGCCUCCUCCUCAUCCCCGUUCAGUGGCUGUUCUUUGCUGCCAGUACUUACGUAUGGGUCCAGUAUGUGUGGCACACAGAGAGAGGCGUGUGUCUACCCACUGUAUCGCUGUGGAUCUUGUUUGUGUACAUCGAAGCUGCCAUCCGCUUUAAGGAUCUGAAGAAUUUUCAUGUUGACUUGUGUCGACCUUUUGCUGCUCACUGUAUCGGCUACCCAGUUGUUACCCUAGGCUUCGGCUUCAAGAGCUACGUUAGCUACAAGAUGCGACUAAGAAAACAGAAGGAGGUGCAAAAGGAGAAUGAGUUCUACAUGGAGCUGCUACAACAGGCUCUACCUCCAGAGCAGCAGAUGCUACAGCGACAAGAGAGGGAAGCAGAGGAGGCCAAAGGGAUUUCAGAGGCGGAACCCCCAGUAACGUCACAAAACGGGGGACCUCCCGGUAAGAAAAGCACUCCAGUACCAUUGCCAGAGCUGGAAUAUCGGGAAAAAGGGAAGGACAGCACUGCAAAAGAGCGGGAAGGGAAAAAGCAAAACAGUAUUGGAAUCAAUAACAACAUUAUACACUCACUGGACUCCAAACUACAGGAGACGGAAUACAUUGAAAACUACAUCAGGGCAAAGAAACUGAGUAACGACGUGGCGGGAGAUAACGCACAUGGUGACACCAAUGCAAAUGCCGCUUCCAAGGAGGAAGCGGUGGGAAGUGGGAAGAACUACAAAAAUGCUUCCGGAGGUGGCAUCUCCAAUUCGCCUCCCCGGAAUCACAGUUUUAGCAACGGCAGUGUUCAAAUGGGUUCCUCGGCCAGUAAGAGUGAGAAAAAGCAGAAGGGGAACGGGAAAAGUCAGAAGGAUCCUGUGGAGAACUGCAUCCCGAACAACCAGCUGGGAAAAGUGGAUGCUUUAGUACGGCUGGAGCAGGACGUAAAGCGCCUAAAGGCGGACCUCCAGGCCAACAGGCAGCUAGAGUCGGACCUGCGGUGUCAGCUGUCCACUCUUAGCAGCCAAGAUCGCAGCCUCCGCUCCGAAUUGGGCCAGCUCCGACAGGACAACGACCUGCUCCAGAACAAGCUCCACGGUGCCGUCCAGGCCAAACAGAAGGACAAGCAGACCAUCUCCCAGCUGGAGAAGAGACUAAAAGCUGAGCAGGAGGCUCGCACAUUGGCUGAAAAACAGCUGGCAGACGAGAGGAAAAAGAAGAAGAUGGAGGAGGCGACAGCUGCCAGAGCGGUGGCUUUGGCAGCAGCCACAAGAGUGGAGUCCACUGAUUCCCUGCGUGGUCGAAUUAGAGAGCUGGAGACAGAGUGCAAGAAGCUCAGCCUGGACAUGAAACUCAAGGAGGAGCAGAUUAGGGAUCUGGAGGGCAAGUGUCAGGAGUUGCGGAAGUAUAAAGAAAAUGAGAAGGACACCGAGGUGCUGAUGUCUGCACUGUCAGCCAUGCAGGAGAAGACGCAGCACCUGGAGAACAGCCUCAGUGCCGAGACCAGGAUCAAGCUGGAUCUCUUUUCUGCACUGGGGGACGCUAAGCGGCAGCUGGAGAUAGCGCAAGGCCAGAUCCACCAGAGGGAGCAAGAGAUUGCAGAGCUCAAGCAGAAGAUAGCUGAGGUGAUGGCAGUGAUGCCCAGCCUCGCCUACUCGUCUGACAGCAGCAACCUGAGCCCGGUGACCCCCCACUACUCCUCCAAGUUCAUGGACAAUAGUCCCUCUUCUCUGGACCCGAAUGCCUCAGUCUACCAGCCCCUCAAAAAAUGACUCUAUUGUGACUAAAUCCACUUUUUCUGUUGUUAAAUCUGUUUCAAUUCGGGUCAAUGUGAGUUUACAAAGCCUCUGACAGUGUUUGCACUUGAAGUACACAUAUAGACAUAUCUGAUUUUAAAGGGAAGUUUUGCAGGGGAGGUUUGUCAAGUUUCAUUUGAUUUAUAGGAGAUAAGAAUGAAGGUGAAAGAGCCAUUGUGCGUUGCUUUGAGUCAGUGUUAUUUUUUUCUUCAACGCGCUUUAACGCCUCAUCUUGAACGUAAAGGUACUAUAACAUGAAUGUACAAACUAUUCAUGCUUUCAGAUCCAUGUUAUGUUCAAUACUGAUUGUUCAGACGGUAUGCACUUCCCCUUAAAACGAGUACAAGCAUUAUCCCGCUUAAUUUAUUGUCUAAAUACUGUCAUUGCUGUCGCUCCAGGAUUUAUCACGGCACUACCAAAACCUGAAACGCCACAUGUUUGCUGCAAACACCUUUCCUUUCCAUGUGGACCAAAUCGGUUGCAGAUUUUACAGUGCCUUGCAAUUUCUGCAAUGUCUCUUACAUUUACUGACUUACAUUUACUGACUUGGGCUGUUUUGGUAUUGAAAGUCAAACACAGCAAUCCAAAGCCGGCGUUAUGUCUGGCUUUCAUAGUGACCCAGUCUGCCAAACAUCAACUAAACUGUCUUGGCUCCUCAUGCCUAACAGUUUGGCUACUUUUGUUUACAACAAUGUACAUGAACUUACAGAGGAAUGUCUGUUGAAGUGCCACAUGUCGCUAUGUGUUUUCCAUUCAAGUAUAUAAUAUGCUAGCAUAUUUUUAUUUGCAAAAAAAAGGGUGCUGUUUUUGUUUUUGUCACUAGAACGUACCGAGAUGGUGUUGUGUUUACAAGGCUGACGGGUUGGCACUUGAUUGUGUUUUUAAUCACGAGGUAGUAACAGUAUUUCAUUUCCCACCAUUUUAUUUUUUUCAAAGCGGGAAGGAUAUGUGAAUGGAUCAAUUAUGUUUGUGCUCUCUAUCCUGUUGUUGUGGAUCGUUUUGAAAUUGUGAAUUCAGUUGUAAAGAAAAGGGAAAGAAAGGUCG